AUGACGAUCUUAAGUCAAUUGACACGUAAUUUAUGGUGUGAUUUGAAAUACGUGUGCGAUGACGUGUUGGUGAAACAUGCCAAAUUAAAAGAACUCUUUCAGAAACUGCCAAAUAAUUGUGAAUGGAUUCAGUUAGAAACUGUUAAAGUAUUGGUGACAACUAAUUUAAAAGCGAAAAAGAUGCUCAGCAAUUUUCGUGAUAAAAUUGGGAAAUAUUCAGACGGAGAUCCCAAUUUAAUAAGUCUGCAAAGAAAAAUUUUGGAGUUAAAACUAGAGGAUUUGACUUUUAAAAAUGUAUUGCAAUGUUCUGAAAAGUUUGAUGUACCAAAUAUUGGAGCAACACCAGACAACAGCUUUAAUCAAUAUCGUGAUCAUAGAGCACCAAACGUGGUCUUACCUAAAUUGACAUACAAUUUAUUGAAUGAUUUGCAAUAUAUAUGUGGCGAAAUAUUCCUGAAUUAUGCCAAUUUAAAAGAAGGCCUUUCUAAAUUACCAGAUAAUUUUGAACAUAUUUGUUUGGAAAGCAUCAAAAUGUUACUAAAAAUUGAUUUGGUUAUUAAAAACACGUACACCAAAUUUCAUAUUAAAAUUAAGAAUUAUUCAAAAGAAGAUCGAAAUUUAUUAGGUCUAUCAGGAAAAAUUUUGAAAAUAACAGAACAAGACUUGACCCUUGAAAAACCUUCUGAUAAACAUGUGUCAGACUCUGAAUUAACCGAUUAUAAUUCAUUACCAGAUUCUGAUGUUAAUCGUAAACAGUUACGUUUGAACGCUGAGGGAAGUCCAAAUAAAUUUUUUUGGUCAUAUGAUCAAAACAGAAAAAUGAACGAAGAUAAAGUUCAAUCAGAGACUUUUCCUAUACCAUUGUCAACUGUUCAAAACAAACAAAUAGACGAAAAUAUAGAGAUUGAAAAUCAAGUUCAAUUGGGGACUUCUCCUGUACCUACAUCGCCUUGUGUUCGAAACCCUCCAGAGGAUGAGUAUCAAGUUCAAUUGGACACUUUUCCUAGACCUACAUCGCCAUGUGUUCAAAACACACAAAUAAACGAAGAUAUAGAGAUUGAAGAUCAAUUUCAAUUGGGGACUUUUCAUGUAACUACAUCGCCAUGGGUUCAAAACACACAAAUAGACGACAGUAUAGAGAUUGAAGAUCAAUUUCAAUUGGGGACUUUUCCUGUAACUACCUCUCCAUGUAUUCAAAACACACAAAUGAACGAAAGCAUAGAGAUUGAGAAUCAAUUUCAGUUGGGGACUUUUCCUUUAACUACAUAUCGUGUUAGCUCAUUUAAUUUUUAA